GCCUCAUCUCAUAGAUUCGUAUUCUCUCAAAGACAGCACAACCAAACCACAAGAUUUUAUUCACACCAUGGACGCUCCAAACGCUGCGACGCCGAUUCUGCAGCUCCCAGCUGAAAUACUGCAUCACAUACUACAGUGGAUAGCCCCGGCCGAUCUUGUUAUACUGCCCCGCGUGUGUACAGCCUUUCGUACAGUAACAAAAGGGAACCACAAAUUAUAUCGAGAUGUCUAUGUAAACACGCUGGAUGAACCAAGUAACCCAAGCCUUGACUACGAGCAAGAGAUUCAUGACUUUGUAAAGCUUGAAAGUAUAUGCAACAACCCAGAGAAAUCCGAGCUCGAAUUUGUACACGACACAGUCACUCGUCUGCUCAAAAAUGCUUCACCAUCUCACGACGAGGCCAUCAACCUCUCCAAGACCCAUGCGCCAUCGCGCAAUGUCGCUCACCUUCAAAGUCUUUUCUCUCGAGACGACACUGCCGAGGCCUUCCUCCAGGGUUCAUCGCUUUUCAACCGCCUGCGCCGUCAACCCACGCGAGACAGUGUCUCUGCGCCCACCUCAUGUGAUGACGGCUACCGGACUCUCCAGCAAAAGAGCGCCCAUCUCCACUGCCUUUAUUCGAGGCCUAUCCUCAACGUUGGCCGGCUCCGAUCUAUGAAGACGUAUCCCUAUGCUUGCUCCAAGGUCUACGACUUACGUCAGUUUACUCAGAACACAGGAUGGGGGCCGUUCCAAGACGAUGGCACUUUCAAUGUAGACUGGGAAAAAGUCGAGGCUAUUCUCAUUGUUCUAGGCCACAACAUUGGCGCAAGACGCCAGAUUGCACGAAUAUUCGCAGAGGUUUGGGACAGCCCGUUCUCGGGUUCAUUUCAAAACAGUUUUAUGGCUCCUCCGCCUCGUGACAUUACUUCAUUUGAGGCCCGCGACCCUUACGGAGUCACAGGCACAUGGUACCGCAUUGUGUGUUUUCUUGAUUAUAGCGAUUUUUUCGCUUUCAACUUUGGUGAUCCCGAACUACUCGUCACCUCCGAUGCGCCGCGCCCACCACUUGAUGUGGGUGAAGCAACUCGCCUUAUUAUGAUGAAAGUCAAUGUUACAUCUAUAGAAGAACCAGGCCCCGAGGACGGCCAAGAGCUGCCAGUAGUUCACUUUCGUGGUGUUUCGCGUUCUUUAGACGAUUCUUUUGAUGACAAUGCCAACUCAAAUAUCCGAGGUAAGUAGAGUGUCUCCCUUACCAAAAGUAAACUUGGCAAGGUUCCGCCAGAGCUAACAUGAGAACAUUCAACGUCAAAGGCACUGUUCGUUUGACAAAAGAAGGCGAGGUGAGAUGGACAACAUUCUCAAUCUUCCAUGGUGUCGAGCGCUGGCGCAGUGAGGGUGUUCAGAUCGGAGGCGUACGCUCCGCUCGAGGUGUUGUUGGAAACUGGUUCGAUAGUGACUACGAUGUUCACGGACCUGCCGGUCCCACGGCCUUCUGGAAGGGGGCGACCCUCGCGCAAGUCGCAAACCUGGAGGACGACCUCCUGCCAAACGACUUCUUCUUGCCAUACGGCGCUCUGAUUGACAUAGACUCUGAGACUGAUCCGGAGGGAGAAAUGCCGUACACUGGUGAAGAUGACGAAGAUGAAGAUGAGGAUGACGAAGAGAUGGAGGCUGCAGCAGGAGAGGAACUGACGGCCCUACUUCACGAUGCGAAUUUACCUUUAGAGGAAAGUCUCGCAAAUGGCCAUGCUCUGAACUGAUUGAUUUUGGUACAAUGGCGUUUGAAUUUGUAGUGGAAAAUAUUUCAUGAGUUCACGAGUCCGUUCACCUAUGACUUGAUUUUACACAAACAACUGGCGCA